AUGGAAAGCACAUAUAGACUCGACAUCAAUAAUCCAAGGAUUCGUGAAGCAAUGAAAACUUUAGGCAUCAAAAAAGAUGACCUGCUCGUUCGUUCUUUUUCUGAUUUUCAGAGCCAAGAGAUAACUGAACAAAUCCAAAUACUUCGCUAUGAGCAUUAUAAGCAAAAAUUAAACGGUCUUGUUACUGCAAUACAAGCCUUUAUAAAAGAAAACAACUUAGAGCAUCAACGAUCUGCUUCUUCUCAAAACACUCGUAGCUCUCAAUCCCCCAGCAACGCUGAAAAAGAAAAAUCCAGAGAGCGUCACAAGUCUCUUCUCUCACAAAAAAUCGACGAGGAGCUAAAACGGCGAGAAUUAGCUGAAAAUACUAAUAAAAAGCAAAACAGAAAAUCUCUUGUUGAUGAAAGAAUUAAACAUGAAAUUGACCAGAAAAAGCAAAUUCACGGGAAUAAGAAAGCUGCACAAGAAGAAAGAUUGAAAUUACUAAUGACUGAGCAAAUCCAGCAGAGGAAAAACUGAAAUUCAAGAGCGCAUGAUCACAUGAGCAGGUCACCAAAAACAAACCAUGAUAUUAUUAAAGAUACCACCUUGGCUCGAUGAAAUGAGUUUAUUAAGACAAAAGAAGAAAGAGAAAAGAAAGAAGAAAAAGAACUGCAGGAGAAAAUGCAAAAUUUUAAUUUCAAAAUUGUAAAAUCAAAAGAGCUGCAUGAGCAGAUGCUGAAAACAAAAACUGAAAAAAUGUCAUCGCACACACAAAGGGUUGAAAAUCAUCUAAAUACAAUAAAUAUAUCGAAGGAAGAAAAAGAUACUGAUCAUGUAAAAAAAAUCAUAAAUAAAGCUCAGGAGCAUGAAGAAAAAAGAGGAAAAAUACUUGAAGGAAAUAAUCAAAAAUUGAAGAGCCAACAAGAAAAAAUAUUAAAUAAGCAGGCGAAAAUUAAACAAAAUUUAAUUGAAGAGGAAAAGAAAGAAAGAGAUAGGAUCAGGCAAAUACAAAAUAAACUAGAGACCAGUUUUGAAGCAAUUAAGCAGAAAAAGGAAGAGCUCCAAAAGGAUUUAGAAUAUAAAUAUGAAAAAUUAAGGUUGAAAGAAGAAGGAACACUAGAGAACGCCGCUAUAAAAAGAAGGAUGGAUUUAGCAAAAAAAGAAAAAUGAUUGGAAAAGCACGCAAACAUGAAUAAACGCUUGGAUGAGCUUAAAGUAGAAAAAGAGAAAAAUAAUGAAGACAAGCGAGGAAAAGCUUAUAGCGCUGCAAUAGAAAAAGAAAAAGCUCGAAAGCUCCAAAUUUUGAUUGAAAAAAGUAGCAACCCAACAGUCAUUAAAAAACUGGUGGAAAACUAUUAA